CCCAGUCCAUGGUUUACUUGUUUGGCGGCGCCUUCCUGUUGGGGGCGUCCCAACGAUGUGGAGGUUUUAGGAAACAGUCUGUACGAUGGGAAGGAGCUGGCUGACAGGGGCAACGUCGUCGUCGUCACGGUGAAUUACAGGGUCGGAACGAUGGGGUUCCUUAGCACUGGAGACGCCAAACUACCAGGUAACUAUGGUCUGUGGGAUCAGCACGCUGCCAUCUCUUGGGUGCGCAGGAACAUCGAGGCGUUCGGAGGAAACCCCGACAACAUCACGAUCUUUGGCCAAUCAAGUGGAGCCGCCAGCGUCAACUUCCAGAUGCUGUCUCCCUACAGUAAGGGCUUGUUCCGUAGAGCCAUCAGUCAGGGCGGUGUGGGCCCUGAGCCCUUGGGCCCUGCAACAGAAGCCUAUGGCUCUCACAAAGAAGAUUGCCCGUAAGUGGGCUGCUCCAGAACUAAUGUGGACGACAUGAUACAGUGCCUGAAGAUGAGCGACCCAGUUGGACUCACCUUGGCUGGAAAAAUCGACGUGUUGCUUCUUCUGGGAAAAG